ACAUACACACUCACACAGGUUUGACUGAAGGGAUGUAAAGGAACCUAUAAAAGAAAAGUAAUUGGCUAUAGCAAAGAAUUACUAUAGUUUAAUACUUUACCCGUAUACAUUUGUUGUAGCGGAAAAGUUAGAAUAAAUACCUGAACUUUUGCCGUUGUCCUGUAUUUCAGCUGGUGAGGACUUAACGUCUGCGCUUUAACGUUAACGUUACAUGAGAAAAAAGAAGAAAGCUUUGAGGCGGAAGCUUUGAAAGAAAUGGAAGAAGAAUACUCAAAGACCAUUCGUCUGUUAUUUAUCCGUUGUGUGGCUCUUUCUGGUGUAACUGAAGAGUUGUGGACAGAGGAGAAUAAGAGGGCAUUGGAUCGAUUCAUUGUGGACACCUCUAUCACAACCAUUGUGGUUUACGUGAACACCUAUGUCAGGCUGCGGGUGGAGUAUUCCAUGCCCUUACCGGGACAGGUGGUAGAGCAGCUGUGCUAUUUUAGCCGCAUCCCAGGUGCCAUAAUCACAGCAGAGACGUUCGAUGCUGCCGUACAGUUUGGCACAGUGCGGGGCGACCCUACCCAGAGGCUGCUUCAUGACAUUACCUGUUUGCAUGCCCCCCCAGUUGCCCUCAGCACCUACAGGGAGAGGAGCAUCAAGGACAACUAUACCAACAACAUGCACUGCUAUCUUGCCAGCCUCACAGAUGAUGUAUAUAAGAAGGUGGGCAACACAGUUCUAUACAUCCCAAUGGAAGGCCUACAGUGCAGCCCUGAGGAUGCCAGCAAGGACAAGAAGCUGGUACAGAGAAUGGAGACUGUUGUGAUCCACUGGACAGAUCAGAUCAAGGAGCUACUGAAUGCCCAAGGAAUAAUGAAGAUGAGGGACAACUGUGGCCCGCUGCAGGAGAUAACCUUCUGGAAGAGUCGCUCUGCCAAGCUGUUGGACAUCAGCCAGCAGCUGCAAAAGCCAGGGGUCAGGCACAUCCAGAACAUCCUGCAGCUCUUUAAGUCUCUUUAUGUACAGCGCUUCUGCAAACUGGCCAAGGAAAUACAGGAUUGCUCUCUGCAGGCCCAAUCAAACCUGUCCUACCUGUCCAUACUGAAGGAGCCCUGUGAAGAGCUUGCCCAGCUGAAACCUAGCGAAGUUGCUCCUAAGCUGCGACACAUUGUCAGUCUCAUUCGCAUUGUCUGGGUCAACUCUAUCCACUACAACACCAGUGAGAGGAUCACUGGUCUCUUCCGCAAGAUGAGUAAUGAGAUAAUCCGCCUGUGCUUCCAAAGCAUCUCUCUGGACAGGAUCUUUAAGGGCUACGUGUUAUCCAGCAAGCAAAACCUCAGCGACUGUAUCCAGUGCUGCCUGUCCUGGAAGGAAAUUUACCUGCACACCUCACAGAUUCACCACAAGUAUUCUCCAAAAGGCUGGGUCCUGGACCAAACAAGCUUUUUUGUGGAGGUUGAUGCUUAUAUUCAGAGGUUCAGAGACCUGCUUGAGGUAUGUGACUGUCAGCAUCAAUUUGCCCGUUGGGAAGAUGGUCAGCAGAGAGCCCUGCCAUGCCCAAGCGGUUGCCAGGGACCAGAGUUCACCCGCUCCCUCCUGGAGAUAGAAGGCAACUUUCACCGUGGCCUACAGAACCUGCACUCUGUUGACAAGGGCAUACUUGAUGUCGAGAACACCACAUGGUGCAAUGAAUUGAACAGGUUUCGUGCAUUGGUAAAGGAUCUGGAAAUGAUGAUGCAGAACCUGAUCAGUUCAGUGUUUAAGACGGUGAACACAGUGGAGGAAGGAGUUCGGCUUCUGGACAUUUUUAGGCCUAUGUCUACUCGAGAGGCCAUUAAGCGCACCAUAGAAGAGAAGGUGGAGGAAGUGUUCAAAAUCUUUAACAAGGAGAUCAAAAUGGUCAACAAGGAGCUGAAUCAGAGUACAAGGUCUUCUCCUGACCAUAUGCCACGGAUGGCAGGCCAGGCCCACUGGGUGAGGGCCCUCAGACAUCGCUUAAAGAGACCCAUGGAGCUGCUUCAGAAUGCCUACUUCAUGCCUGAGUCAUACAGCCGCAAGCAGCUAGUUUUCACCGAUGGCCAGAUGAUCCAGGUUUUGGAUGAGAUGGUGAGGAAGAACUUCAGCGAGUGGAGUCAGAACCUGGACGGACAGUACCUCAAGAGACUGGAGCAGCCACUCAUGGUGCGCUGCAAGGACAAGACCGCCAAGCUGGACAUCAACUUUGACAACAACCUGUUGAACCUGUUCUCUGAGAUCCAUUACUGGGAUCGACUAAAGUUUGAGAUCCCCCAGUGUGUGUCUGAUAUUUACCAAGACAGGGAGGACCUCAGAGGCCUGAGGGAGAGAUCACUGCUGCUGAUCAGGGACUAUAACAGAAUCCUUGGAUUGCUGACUCCUGACGAGUUGGGUCUGUUUCGGGAGCGAAUUCGUUUCAUGGAUAAGAAGAUUCAGCCGGGGCUGACUAAGCUCCUGUGGUUGUCUAAAGGAGCUUCUAAUGUCUUCAUCCGUGACUGUCUCUUGCACGUUGACAAGGUCCAGCUGAUGGUUGAUAGAUACAAAGUAUCCAAUCUAUCCAUUGCCAACCUCUGUCGCCAGAUGAGUGAAACAUUGCUGGUUAGACUGGAUGGAAAGACUGUGUACAGGAACCUGGAGUUUGAGGAUGACCAGAAAGCUCACCAGCAGAGCCAGCUCCAAAUACUGCGCUCAGCACACCAGGAUAUUGUUGAUAUCAUGACCCGCAUCCAUGACACCUUUUCUAAUGAUGGACCUGAGGUCCAGGAGCACUGGGUGACCUACACAGAGAAGGUGGACCACAUGGUACAGGAAGCUCUUAGGAGCAACAUCAAGCGCUCCAUGAAGAAGCUAUCCAGGGCCAUCAAUGGAGACAGCAAGACAUCGCCCAAUCCCUUGUUCAAAGUCCUGGUAGCACUGCACCAGGCAACUCCCCAAAACACACCAAAGGUCGAGUUCUCCCCGACGCUUGGAAAGCUUGCUCAGAUUGUGAACAUUAUGCCUCAGCUCAUCAACACCAUCUCAGAAUUCAAACGACUGCCUGUACUUCUCUCCUGCAAACAGUCAAAGGGGAAUCCCAUACACAUCAACAUAGAGCAAGACGAGGAGAUAAGGAAGAUUCAGGCUGCAGUUGCCACAGGGAUGACAGCCAAUGUCAGCCACCUGCAGGAAUAUCUUAAGACCUGGGACAAAUACAGGGAUAUCUGGGAGAUCAACAAGGACUCCUUUAUACAACGCUACCAGAGAUUAAACCAACCAGUCACUUAUUUUGAUGCAGAUAUACACAGGUACACAGAAAAGGCCAACAGUGUUCAACAGGAAGAGACUGUAUUGAACAUCCGGUUUAUCAUGCUGGACUGUUCACCACUCAAGUCCUCCUUGGUGCAGCACUGCAGUGAGUGGCAAACCAAGUUCACUCAGCUGCUCAGCCACAUGGCCACCACCCACCUAAAAGAACUUCAUACCUCACUGCAGGACAAUGUCAACAGGCUGAGACAACCCCCCCAGACACUGGCAGAGCUUGGUGAGAGCCUGAAACUCUUGGAGACUCUCAAGGGGGAUUUGGCAAAGACAGAGGCUCAGAUUCCUCUAAUCCAUGAUCAGUUUUCUAUACUGGACAAAUAUGAGGUCCCAGUGGAACAGGCUGUGCAGGAUAUGCGUGAGGUGCUGAAUGGGGAGUGGGUGUGGUUCCAGCAGGUGUUGAUUGACAGUGACAUCGUGAUGCAGAAGCACAAAGAGAAGUUUAAGAACAGCCUCAUCCUCUCCUCUGAGGAGUUCAAGAAGAAGAUCCAGACCACUGUGCUGGAGUUCAACAGCACAGGUCCAUUUGACAGUGCGCUGAGCACUGAGUUGGCCUUAAAGCAAACAGCAGAGCAUCGCAGCCAACUGGAGGCUCUAAAACAGGAAGAGAGCACCAUCCUUCAUGGACUGGGCUUCUUCAAAAUAGAGCAGACCCCCUCCAAAAGCAUCUGGACACUGGAGAAGGACAUAGACCACCUGCAACAGGUCUGGGAGAUCACACAGGAAUGGAAUGCCAAUUGGAACGUCUGGAAGGUUGGUCAAUUUGCUACACUGCGGACGGAGAGCAUGGAGAGCACAGCACAGGACAUGUUUAAAAAACUCCACAAACUCCAGAGAGAACUAAAGGAUAAGGAGUGGGACAUAGUAGAUUUCUCCAAAAACAAGAUUGACCAGUUCAAGCGGAUCAUCCCUCUCAUUGCUGAUCUGAGGAACCCAGCCAUGAGAGACAGGCAUUGGAAGCAGAUCUGCAAAGACCUGCAGUGCUCUUUUGACCAUACCAGCACUGAAUUCACCCUGGAGAACAUCAUAUCUCUGGGCUUUGACAAGUAUGCUGACAAGAUCUGUGAGAUCUCUGGAGCCGCCAGCAAGGAACUCUCCAUAGAAAAGGGUCUGGAGGACAUUACGAAAACAUGGGAGGAAACGUUCCUGGACAUAGAACCUUACAAAGAUGAAGGCCACUACCGGCUCAGGGGCACAGAAGAGGUUUUCCAGGCCCUGGAGGACAACCAGGUUGUUCUGUCCACAAUGAAAGCUUCUCGGUUUGUCAAAGCCUUUGAGCAGGAGGUGGAAUGCUGGGAACGCCGGCUGUCCCAGGUUCUGGAAGUCAUUGAGAUGAUCCUCACUGUGCAACGUCAGUGGAUUUACCUGGAGAACAUUUUCCAAGGAAAGGACAUCAGGGAGCAGCUGCCUUGUGAGUGCAAGGAGUUUGAAGACAUUAGUUCUAGUUGGAAGACCAUCAUGGGCCGACUCCACAAGGAUAACAACGCCUUGCAGGGAACACACCACCCCGGCUUGCCGGAGAAGCUGUCAGAGAUGAGUGCCAAGCUGGAGGAGAUCCAGAAGGCCCUGGACAUGUACCUGGAGACCAAGAGGCAGAGCUUCCCAAGAUUCUACUUCCUGUCCAAUGAUGAUGUGCUGGAGAUCCUAGGGCAGUCACAGAACCCACAAGCCAUGCAGCCCCACCUGAAGAAGUGUUUCGACAACAUCAAGAGCCUGCACAUUGAAAAGGAUGGCAGCAAGUCAGAUGCCGUCGGGAUGUUCUCUGCUGAUGGGGAGUAUAUUGCGUUCACCCAGCCAGUGCAACUGGACAAACCCGUGGAGGUUUGGCUGUGUGACGUUGAGAAGACCAUGCGUAUUACACUAAAGGAGUGUCUGAAAGACUGCCUUUUAGCUCUGAAGAAGAUGACAGCACAGAGAGUCAAAUGGGUCAGAGAUUGGCCAGGACAGAUGCUAAUCACAGCCAGUCAGAUCCAGUGGACCACUGAUGUCACUAAAUCUCUCAUUACCAGCAAGGAGAGAGCUGAUAAGUCCUCCCUUAAGUCCAUGAAGAAGAAACAGGUCUCCAUGCUUCAUUGCUAUUCAGAGACCAUCCGUGGCAACCUGUCCAAAGUCCUACGUCUGAAGAUUGUAGCGCUGGUCACAGUGGAGGUUCAUGCUCGGGAUGUCAUUGAUAAGCUGGCCAAGGCAGGCUGCAAUGACAUCAAUGCUUUUGAGUGGCUCUGUCAACUGCGACUAUACUGGGAAAAGGAUGUGAGUGAUUGCAUAAUCCGACAGACCAACACACAUUUCAUUUAUGGCUACGAAUACCUGGGCAACUCUGGACGGCUCGUCAUCACUCCACUUACUGACAGAUGUUACAUGACCCUGACCACUGCACUCCAUCUCCAUCGGGGGGGCUCUCCUAAAGGCCCAGCUGGUACUGGGAAGACAGAGACAGUAAAGGACUUAGGCAAAGCUCUAGGCAUGUACGUCAUUGUAGUCAACUGCUCUGAAGGGCUAGACUACAAAUCCAUGGGACGCAUGUACUCUGGCCUGGCACAGACAGGAGCAUGGGGGUGCUUCGAUGAGUUCAACCGUAUCAACAUAGAGGUGUUGUCGGUAGUGGCCCAGCAGAUCCUCUCUAUCCUGUCCGCCCUCUCAGCUGGACAAUCCAAGUUCUAUUUUGACGGACAGCACAUACGCCUGGUCUGGUCAUGUGGCAUCUUUAUCACCAUGAAUCCCGGUUACGCUGGUCGUACUGAGCUUCCAGACAACCUCAAGUCCAUGUUCAGACCUAUCUCCAUGGUGGUGCCAGACUCUACUCUAAUCGCUGAGAUCAUAUUGUUUGGAGAGGGCUUCAACAACUGUAAGCUCCUGGCUAAGAAAGUGUUCACCCUGUACUCCCUGGCAGUGCAGCAGCUGUCUAAACAGGACCACUAUGAUUUUGGCCUGCGUGCUCUCACCUCCUUGCUUCGCUAUGCCGGAAAGAAGCGCCGCUCUUGCACCAACGUUCCUGAUGAAGAAAUCCUGCUAAUGGCUAUGAAGGACAUGAACAUUGCUAAGCUGACCUCUACUGAUGUGCCACUGUUCAAUGGUAUCACCCAGGAUUUGUUCCCUGCUGUGGAAACACCCAUUAUAGACUAUGGCAAGUUGAAGGAGGCUAUAGAGGUGGAGCUUCGUCAGAGCGGUUUGCAGGUGAUUCCUUUUACUAUAACCAAAGUCAUCCAACUUUAUGAGACCAAAAACUCUCGACACUCUUCCAUGCUGGUUGGCAAGACAGGCAGCGCUAAGAGCGUUACCUGGAGGACCCUGCAGAGUGCCCUCACUGCCCUGCACAAUGAGGGAGUGCCUGGCUUCCAGCUGGUCCAGGAGUAUCCCCUGAACCCCAAGGCAAUGAGUCUGGGAGAGCUGUAUGGAGAAAAUGACCUCUCCACCAAUGAGUGGACUGACGGAGUGCUGUCUUCCCUCAUGAGAUCAGCCUGCGCAGAUGAGAAACCAGAUGAAAAGUGGGUUGUGUUUGACGGGCCUGUUGACACUCUGUGGAUAGAGAGUAUGAACUCUGUUAUGGAUGACAACAAGGUGCUCACACUUAUCAAUGGAGAGAGAAUCUCCAUGCCUGAACAGGUGUCUCUGCUGUUUGAAGUUGAGAACCUGGCAAUGGCCUCUCCAGCUACAGUGUCUCGCUGUGGGAUGGUCUACAACGAUUAUACCGAUCUGGGCUGGAAGCCUUUUGUUCAGUCCUGGAUGGACAAGCGACCCAAGGCUGAAGUGGACCAUUUAAAGCGUUUGUUUGAGAAAUAUAUAGAGAGCACACUGAACUUUAAGAAGAGCAAUUGUAAGGAGCUGAUUCCCAUCACUGAGCUUAAUGGAGCAACCUCUCUCUGCUGCCUCUAUGACUCCCUGGCCACAUCCAGCAACGGGGUGCAUUCUUCAGACACAGAAAACUUGGGUAGGAUGGUGGAGCUCUGGUUCAUCUUCAGCCUUAUCUGGUCCAUCUGUGCCUCUGUUGACGAGGAUGGACGCAAGAAGAUGGACAACUUCCUACGAGAGAUGGAGGGCACCUUCCCCAUCAAGGACACGGUCUAUGAGUACUAUGUGGACACUAAGAACAAAACCUGGGCUUCUUUUGAAGAUAUGCUGCCAAAGGGCUGGCACUACAAUGCCAAUGCUCCAUUCUAUAAGAUUAUGGUUCCUACCGUGGAUACAGUUCGCUACAACUUCCUGGUUAAGGCUCUGGUUCUGGGUCGGUACCCAGUGCUGCUCACCGGACCAGUGGGCACUGGUAAAACCUCAGUGGCCCAGAGCGUCCUGCAGGGCUUGGAUAACAAGUGGACUGCCCUCACUGUCAACAUGUCUUCACAGACCACCUCUAAUAACAUCCAGGCCAUCGUGGAGAGCCGCAUAGAGAAGAGAACCAAAAGCGUGUUUGUGCCAGCAGGUGGGAAGCGCCUGCUGUGCUUCCUGGACGACCUCAACAUGCCAGCCCAUGACCUCUUUGGCUCCCAGCCACCGCUGGAACUGCUGCGCCUCUGGAUCGACUAUGGCUUCUGGUAUGACCGCCAGAAACAGACCCUAAAGUUUGUCAAGGACAUGUUCUUGUUGGCAUCCAUGGGGCCCCCUGGUGGAGGGAGGACUCACAUCUCUGGCCGCUUAAAGAGUCGAUUCAACCUCAUCAAUAUGACCUUCCCUAAUGAGUCCCAGAUCAGGUGUAUCUACAGUACCAUGAUCGACCAAAAGCUACAGGGUUUUAAGGAGGAGGUGAAGCCCAUUGGAGAGAUUCUGACUCAGGCCACCUUAGAACUGUAUUAUGAUGUUUCAGCUCGUUUUCUUCCCACUCCAGCCAAGAUACACUACCUCUUCAACCUCAGGGAUAUCUCCAAGGUGUUUCAGGGUCUGCUAAGAGCUCACCCAGACUUCCAUGAUACCAAGAACAACAUUACUAGACUGUGGAUCCAUGAGUGCUUCAGGGUUUUCUCAGACCGGCUUGUAGAUCACAGUGACAUGGAGGCCUUUGUUGCUUUGCUGGGGGAGAAACUGGGCUCACUCUUUGACCUCACGUUUCACAGCAUCUGCCCCAACAAACAACCUCCAAUAUUUGGUGAUUUCCUGAGUGAGUCUUGUGUGUAUGAGGACCUACUGGACAUGAAGGUUCUCAAGAAGUUCAUGGAAACCCAGCUGGAGGACUACAACUUGACACCAGGCGUAGUGCCCAUGAGCCUGGUGCUCUUCCGAGACGCCAUCGAGCACAUAACCCGUGCAGUACGUGUGAUCAGUCAGCUCAGGGGCAACAUGCUGCUGGUAGGUGUUGGGGGCUCUGGUAGACAGAGCCUGUCUAAGAUGGCCGCCUCCAUCUGUGAGUACCAGGUAUUCCAGGUGGAAGUCACCAAGCAGUAUCGCAAACAGGAAUUUAGAGAAGAUAUCAAGAAGCUGUACCGUUUGACUGGUGUGGACAACAAACCCACAGUCUUCCUGUUCACUGACACUCAGAUCGUAGACGAAUCCUUCCUUGAGGACAUCAAUAACAUCCUGAGCUCUGGAGAGGUGCCUAACCUCUACAAACAGGAUGAGUUUGUUGAGGUAUGCAAUGCUCUGUCACAGUCUGCCAGGAAAGACAAUGUGGCAGAGACUCCUGACUCCUUGUUCAGCUACCUGAUAGAGCGAGUCAGGGACAACCUGCACAUAGUUCUCUGUAUGAGCCCAGUGGGAGAGCCCUUCAGAAACCGCAUUCUCCAGUACCCAGCACUCGUCAACUGCACCUCCAUUGACUGGUUCUGUGAGUGGCCCAAAGAUGCCCUGCUGGAGGUAGCUGAGAGGUACUUGGAUGGACUGGAGCUGGGCUCCUUGAAGGGGAUCCAGACAAAGGUUGCCAGUAUCUUUGUGACCACACACCAGUCGGUUGCACAGGUCUCCCAAAGGAUGAAGUUGGCGCUGAAGAGACAUAAUUAUGUGACACCCACCAACUACCUGGAGCUAGUGUCUGGAUAUAAGAAGCUGUUGGCAGAGAAACACAGUGAAUUGGGGGAGCAGGUGAGCAAGCUGCGUAAUGGCCUUUUCAAGAUCAGUGACACAAGGGAGAAGGUGGAGGCCAUGUCUGUAGAGCUGGAGGAGGCCAAGAAGCAGGUGGCCGAGUUCCAGAAACAGUGUGACGAGUACUUGUCCGUCAUUGUACAGCAGAAGAUAGAGGCUGACAAGCAGCAGAAGGCGGUGAGUGCUAAUAGUGAGAAAAUUGGGGCAGAAGAGUUACAGUGUAAAGCCAUGGCUGAAAAUGCACAGAGAGACCUGGAUGAGGCCCUGCCUGCCCUGGAAGAGGCCAUGAAGGCUCUGGAGUCUCUGAAUAAGAAGGACAUGACAGAGAUCAAGUCGUAUGGCCGUCCCCCAGCACUGGUAGAGACAGUGAUGCAGGCUGUCAUGACCCUUCAGGGCAAAGAGCCUACCUGGGCAGAGGCCAAGAGACAGCUGGGUGAGUCCAACUUCAUCAAAACAUUAGUUAACUUUGAUAAGGACAAUAUAUCGGACCGUGUGUUGAAGAAGAUCGGCCAGUACUGCAGACUGGUAGACUUCCAGCCAGAGAUCAUCGGCAAAGUAUCACUGGCUGCCAAGUCCCUCUGCAUGUGGGUCAGAGCCAUGGAGGUUUAUGGCCGUAUCUACAGGGUGGUGGAGCCAAAGCGGAUCCAACUGAACGCUGCCAUGGCCCAGCUAGCAGAGAAACAGGCUGCACUGGCUGAUGCCCAGAACAAACUACGAGAGGUGGCAGAGGAGCUCGACCAGCUGAAAAAGCAGCAUGGUGAGAAGCUGGCCACGAAGGAGAGUUUGAGGAAGAAAUCAGAUGAGAUGGAGGUGAAACUAGACCGAGCUGACAAGCUGGUGACUGGACUUGCUGGAGAAAGGGUCCGCUGGGAGGAGAGAGUUGCUGGUCUUGAGGAAAACAUGGGAUACCUGGUAGGAGACUGUUUGCUUGCAGCAUCUUUCCUGUCCUACAUGGGACCUUUCCUUUCCAACUAUAGAGACGAGCUGCUUGACAUCUGGAUGAAGGAGGUACGGGACUUAGAGAUCCCAUGCACACCGGGGUUCAGUUUUGCAGUUUUUCUGUCCAAGCCUACAUCAGUGAGGGACUGGAACAUUCAGGGCCUGCCCUCUGAUGCAUUCUCUACUGAGAAUGGAGUUAUCGUCACCCGUGGAAACCGAUGGCCGCUGAUGGUGGACCCUCAAGGCCAAGCUCUGAAGUGGAUCAAGAAUAUGGAGAUGAAGAGAGGUCUGAAAGUAAUUGACUUUCAAAUGCCAGACUAUCUGCGGGUGCUGGAGAACGCCAUCCAGUUUGGGAAUCCUGUUUUGCUGCAGAAUGUCCAGGAGGAGUUGGACCCCUCUCUCAACCCAGUUCUUAACAAGUCCCUGACACGGAUAGGCGGCAGGCUGCUGUUGAAGCUGGGUGAUAAGGAGGUGGAGUACAGUCCAGAGUUUCGUUUCUACAUCACCACCAAGCUGUCCAACCCCCACUACACACCAGAGAUUUCUACAAAGACCACCAUAGUCAACUUCGCUGUCAAGGAGCAGGGUCUGGAAGCCCAACUACUGGGAAUUGUGGUGCGUAAGGAGCGUCCAGAGCUAGAAGAACAGAAGGACUCUUUGGUGAUCAGCAUUGCUUCUGGAAAGAGAAGCCUGCAGGAGCUGGAGGAUGAGAUCCUCAGGCUGCUGAAUGAGGCAACUGGCUCACUGCUGGACGAUGUGCAGCUGGUGAACACCCUGCAGACAUCCAAAUUCACAGCCACUGAGGUUUCCGAGCAGCUGGAGAGCAGUGAACAGACUGAGAUUAAGAUCGACUCUGCUAGAGAGGCCUAUCGCCCAUGUGCCCAGCGAGCUUCCAUUCUCUUCUUCAUUCUAAACGACAUGGGCCGCAUUGACCCAAUGUACCAGUUCUCACUGGAUGCCUACAUUAACCUGUUCAACCUCAGUAUAGAAAAGAGCAAGCGCAGCCACAAGCUGGAGGAAAGGAUCACCAACCUCAAUGACUACCACACAUACGCAGUAUACAGGUACACAUGUCGUGGUCUGUUUGAGGUCCACAAGCUGCUCUUCAGCUUCCAAAUGUGUGUCAAAAUCCUGGAGGUGGCUGGAAAACUCAACAUGGAUGAGUACAGCUUCUUCCUCCGAGGAGGACUCGUACUUGAUAAGGAGGAUCAGAUGGACAACCCCUGUACCACUUGGCUAGCAGACUCCAGCUGGGACAACAUCACAGAGCUGGAUAAGCUGCCCAACUUCCAUGGCAUCAUGGCCUCAUUUGAACAGUACGCCAGAGACUGGAACCUUUGGUUCACCAGCACUGAGCCAGAGAAUGCCACACUACCAGGUGAUUGGGAGAAUAAUUGUAAUGAGCUCCAGAAGAUGCUGAUAGUACGCUCCCUGCGUCAGGACCGUGUCUCCUUGUGCGUCACCUCCUUUAUUGUUAACAACCUCGGCUCUCGCUUUGUGGAGCCGCCUGUUCUCGAUAUGAAGGCUGUUGUGGAGGAAUCCACCUGCAGGACUCCUCUGAUCUUUGUUCUGUCUCCUGGGGUGGACCCCACAGGAGCCCUGCUGCAGCUGGCUGAGGCCUCUGGCAUGAGCAAGCACUUCCACGCUCUCUCUCUGGGCCAGGGACAGGCCCCCAUCGCCAAGCACAUGAUAGAGGAGGGCGUCAAGAACGGUCACUGGGUGUUCCUUGCUAACUGCCACCUCUCUCUCUCAUGGAUGCCUGAGCUGGACAAGUUGGUUGAGCAGCUACAGGUGCAGACGCCCCAUUCAAACUUCAGACUCUGGCUCAGCUCUUCGCCACACCCCGAAUUUCCCAUUACCAUCCUGCAGGCUGGCAUCAAGAUGACUACUGAACCACCAAAGGGUGUAAAAGCCAACAUGAAGCGUCUGUACCAGCUGGUGACGGAGGCUCAGUUCAACCGCUGCUCAAGACCCAUCUUCUACAGGAAGCUGCUCUUCUCCCUCUGCUUUUUUCAUAGCAUCCUGUUGGAGAGGAAGAAGUUUUUACAGCUGGGCUGGAAUAUUGUCUAUGGCUUCAACGAUGCUGACUUUGAGGUGAGUGAGAGUCUGCUGAGUCUGUACCUGGAUGAGUAUGAGGAGAUUCCCUGGGAUGCACUGAAGUACCUCAUUGCUGGGGUCAACUAUGGAGGUCAUGUCACAGAUGACUGGGACAGACGUCUUCUAACCACAUAUAUAAAUGACUACUUCUGUGACGCUGCCAUAAACCAGCCCUUCUUCAGGUUGUCCUCCUUAACCUCCUAUUACAUCCCCCGUGAUGGUCCCCAGUCCUCAUACAAGGAAUAUAUCACAAUGCUGCCGCCCACAGAGCACCCUGAGGUGUUUGGCCAGCACUCUAAUGCUGACAUUGCUAGCCAGAUCGCUGAGACCAGGACGCUGUUUGACACCCUGCUCUCCCUGCAGCCCCAGGUCACCAGUCCCUCUGCUGAGGGGGCCAGGCCCAGUAGAGAAGAUAAGGUAUUAGAGCUGUUGGCAGACGUUCGUGGGAAGAUCCCAGCAUUGAUUGACUACGAGGGCACCAGGUCCCUCCUCCAUGACAACCCUUCACCUCUUAAUGUGGUCCUGCUGCAAGAGAUCCAGAGAUACAACUCUCUGCUGGACACCAUCAUUUUGUCCCUGGUGGAGCUGGAGAAAGGGAUCAAAGGCUUAGUGGUGAUGUCAUCCAGUUUGGAGGAGACCUUCCACUGCAUCUAUGACGCCCGUGUACCACCACUGUGGGAGAAGGCAUACCCCUCACUGAAGCCCCUGGCAGCAUGGACCAGGGAUCUUUGCCAGCGAGUCAAUCAGUUUGCAAGCUGGGCAGAGACGGCCCAGCCCCCCAACUUGUUCUGGCUCGCCAGCUUCACCUUUCCCAACGGUUUCCUCACCGCUGUGCUGCAGUCCUCUGCUCGACAACACAACAUAUCAGUGGACACGUUGUCUUGGGAGUUUACAGUGUCCACCGUAGAUGACAGCAACCUCCUUUACCCACCCAAGGAUGGAGUAUUUGUCCGAGGUUUGUACGUGGAGGGAGCUGGUUGGGACAAGAAGAAUUCCUGUCUGGUGGAAGCUGAACCCAUGCAGAUGGUCUGUCCCAUCCCCACCAUCCACUUCAAACCUGUGGAAAACCGCAAGAAAAUGGCAAAGAAUAUGUACCUGUGUCCAUGUUAUUACUUCCCGGUGCGUUCGGGCGGGGCAGGCCGAGCAUCUUUUGUGGUUGGUGUAGAACUCAAAUCCGGGGCUGUGACCCCAGAUCACUGGAUCAAGAGAGGGACUGCUCUUCUCCUGAGUCUGGACAACUAAAGGCCUUAACAAACACACACACACACACACACACACACACACACACACACACACAUUGACUCUGACACUUUGUUUUUACUGAUGUUUAUUAUUUAUUGUUUAGCUGUUUAUUACUGAAUAUGCUGUUUAUGAAAUUUGAUAUUAUCCUUAUUUGUGACCUUCAAGCUUUAAAGGCCACAAGGUUACAAUAGACAGCAAAUGACAUUUUAAAUUUCAACACUGUGUUACUUCCCUAAUGUAUUGCAUUCUAUAAAGCCGGUUUUCACACCUGGGGCUUAACAAUAAAUGGACUGACUCAUUCUUUGACACUUUGAAGUUGGUCUGACACAAUUCUGGUAAGCUCUCUUUCUCUUCUCUUUCUUUUUUGUCUGCUUUCUUCACUGUCAGCCGGCCGAUUAUUCACUCCUCUUUACAGACCUGCAUCAGUCUUUCCAUGCUGACCCCCUUUUAACCUGCUCAAACAUAGACACUUACACACCGACAGCCACACUCACACGCAUACACAGGGUAUAGUCUCCUUCUUAGAAGUGUUGUGUUUUACUGGAAACUUGCUCUUUGCAACAUCUGGAUCAAGUGACUGUCUGGUCAUGUAAGUGUCCGUUGUGCUCAUUGAAUUACUUGGUAAAUUAAUGAGCUGUUAUGCAUUGUCAUCUAUUUUGUGUUAACAUAAAAGAAUUGACAAAGCACUUGCGUGAAGACAGUCCUGGGCUAUAAAAAAUAUGUGCUAAAUAACAUUGGAAAUGAGUGCUUCAGUUUUGGAAUACAUUAAAUUUACAAUAUUUUUAUGAAUCAUUA